UAUUUGAAACGCAAAAAAAAACAACGAAUCAAAAAUCCAAGGAAGUAUGUUUUAAACGACAAGAGAAACUUCUGUUUUUUUUUACAAUCAUCACUAAAGACUGCUAAUACUACUACCGGAGACUACGAAAAAGUAUGGAUUACUCCAAUGAUGUACUGAUACCAUCAAGCAUUAUUUUAGAUAAAAAUGUACACCACCAAGCAUUAUAUAAGAAUUAUAUCUUUGUAUUUAUGAUUGUCGGUUUGAUAACCCUAAUCCCGCUAAUAAUUAUCAGCAUUAUUGUACUGUUGAAGGGUAAGAUGUCUAAACUGUGUCGACUAUUACUACUCUGUACAUGUCUAACACUUGGAUCUAUCGUCAGUGGAUUGGCUUUCAUCCAUUAUACACUAGGACCAAUCGAUUUGAUUUUAGCUAAAGGUGAUCAAGUGUUGAUGGGUGAACCGACAAACACCUUUUUCAUGAAUCUACACGAAUUACGUUCAUUCACAUGUAGCCAUUUGGAGAUACAAUCGAGUAAGUUAAGAGUACGUGUUUGGGCUACACCUAUAUCACCACAUUAUGGUGCACAACAAAACUAUAGUCUAGUUCUACGCAAUUGGAGCCUACCAACAAUGGCUAGUCUUCGCCUGCAGGCCGGUGAUUCUAUGCAUGUACAUAAUUUUUCACAACCUACACAAAUUAUCCUCCUUAAGGGUGAAGAUUCUUUGAAUCGAUGGAUCCAAAGUGGAGCAUACAGAAAAGGCUAUGAAAAGUGUUGUUCAUGGCAUACACUACAAACGAAUUCAGACGGUAGACAAUAUGCUUCAAUUGAACACAAUGAUAUAUACACCAUGAUACUACGUCCACAAUAUUCAACUCCACCAACCAGUUAUGACAAUAAACAGAAAUUACAAGUCAAAUCAUCCCCUGUCACGGGAUAUAUUGAUCUCUCGCGUACACGUUGGUCGCCUAAUCCAUGUGAUCCAAUCAUAUGUGAUGGCGGGACAACAACUCUGUGUAAAAUAACCUCAUCUCCAAAGAGUUACAUUAUCGACUAUGCUGUAGAAACGCUGACAGCACCGGAGUAUGAUUAUGCCAGUGUACGCAUAAUAUGCUAUCCACGUCAUUGGAUAUUAGGGUUAAUGUUCAGUUUACCGUCCAUAUUUAUCAUAAGCCUUAUUCUUAUUAUUCACCAAUGCAUAAAAAAGCAACGCAGACAGUUGAAAUUCUCUGAUACAAGUAUACACAGAGGGCCGUUUACAGAUUUAAAUAUUAAACAAAUUGAAGGCAAGUAUACAACAGCAUCGAAUGAAAAUCAUCAACCCCAUCAUUCUCAUCCUCAUCAUAAUGCUGCAUUUGAAUUCGAUCUUGUAUAA